AUGGGUAUCUGUUUACAACAGGUGGCACCAAGCUCCUAUCUAGUGGAUGCUGAUGGAAACUUCUAUUGUCACAAUCGUGUGGAUCUUGUGUGGCUGAGCAGCCUGACUCGCAGCCUGACUCUCCAUAUCCAGUGGACAGGCCUCACUCACCUGGUAUUACUGGGCACACUUACCCACAGAAAUUUAAGUAAUAACAAGAUCAAAGAGAUCCGUGAAGGCACUUUUGAUGGGGCAGCGGGAGUGCAGGAACUGAUGUUGACAGGGAAUCAGCUGGAAUCUGUGCACGGACGAAUGUUUAGAGGUCUCACAGGACUCAAGACACUGAUGCUCAGAAGCAACAUGAUCAGUUGUGUAAACAAUGACACAUUUACAGGACUGAGCUCAGUAAGGUUACUUUCUCUGUAUGACAAUCGCAUUACUACAAUAACUCCAGGAGCCUUCAGUACACUUGUUUCUUUAUCUACAAUUAAUUUGCUAUCUAAUCCAUUUAACUGCAACUGCCACUUAGCAUGGUUGGGGAAAUGGUUAAGGAAGAGAAGGAUUGUCAGUGGAAAUCCACGUUGCCAGAAACCCUUCUUCUUAAAGGAGAUUCCAAUUCAAGAUGUUGCUACACAGGAUUUCACAUGUGAUGAUUUUAUCAUGCCUGUAGCCUUCCAGCUUGGGCAUGAACUGAGUGCUAAUCCAGUUUCAUCUUCUAGUGAAAAGCCUUAA